CUGGCCCGCCCGUGGUCACUCUUGUGCCUCUCAACAGCCAAAGGGGCAAAGCUCUGUCAUCCUUAGGAUCCAGUCACCAGGGAACAGAACAGGGAGACCAGAAGAGGGGCCAGCUGGAGCCAGGGGGUGGAGGCUCAGGAAACAGUCUCUGAGAGGGGCAGGGACCAGGCACGGGAGGCCAGGGGCCCAGAGAACAGAACUCCCCUCAGAAGUGCAGAAGAGGAGAGCGGAAGGAACUGAGGGAGGGACAGACAGGAGCCCGAGGAGGAAAGAGGAGGGAGAGAGAGAGGGGUCAGGCCUAGCAGCCAAGGAGGAGGCGUGUGGGCUGGGGGCUGCAGGCAGGAAGCGGGGGGUCGGAGCUGGUUUAGCCCGCUGUCCCCUGAAGCAGGAGCAGCGGCAUCCCCUGGAGGCACAGGUCUAGGCACCAGUGGUCAAGCCGGGAUGUGUCUCUAACGGCGGCAAGGAACACCUCACCAUGGCCCCCAGCACCCUCUGGAGCUGCUAUCUCUGCUACCUGCUGACCGUAGCCACGGAGGCUGCCAGCUACCCUCCUCGAGGUUACAGCCUCUACACAGGGGGCAGUUCUGCCCUCAGUCCUGGGGGACCCCAGGCCCAGAACUCACCGCGGCCUACCAGCCGCCACAGGAACUGGUGUGCCUACGUGGUGACUCGGACAGUGAGCUGCGUCCUUGAGGAUGGAGUGGUAACCAUCGUCAAGCCAGACUAUCAGCCCUGUGGCUGGGGCCAGCCCCAGUACCGGAGCUUCCUUCGCCCUCGCUACCGGGUGGCCUACAAGACAGUGACAGACAUGGAGUGGAGGUGCUGUCAGGGGUAUGGGGGCGAUGACUGCGGAGAGGGUCCUUCUUCUGCUCUGGGCCCUGCACCCGCCACGCCACAUCCCCGGCCCAGGCCUGUUCGCCCCAACCUAUCUGGCUCCAGUGCGGGCAGCCACCUCAGUGGGCUAGGGGGAGAAGGCCCUAAGAGGGAGGACACAUGGUGUCAUUCUCAUUUCCCAGAUAAGAAACAGUUUCCAAGAAGUCAAGAGGUCUUAAGGACAAGUGGAAACGAUUCUGGGCUAAGGGCAUUCGGUGAACAGUAUUUCCUUCUUUUAUUUCUCUUGCCUGAAUCGUGCAAAGGAGAACCCCUGACUCUUGCUGGAGUUGGGGGAGCAGGACCUGGGCCCUCAGUCACCUGCUGUCCUCUGUCUCAGGUCCUGGAGAAUCAGAGAAAGUUGCAGCAGCUGGAGCAGCAGGUUCAGAGCUUGACCAAAGAGUUGCAAGGCCUUCGAGGUGUCCUGCAGGGAAUAAACGGGCGCCUGACAGAAGACGUACAGAGGGCUGUGGAGACGGCUUUUAAUGGGAGGCAGCAGCCGGCAGAUGCGGCUGCCCGUCCGGGUGUGCAUGAAACCCUCAAUGAGAUCCAGCAUCAACUGCAGCUCCUUGACAACCGUUCCUCCACCCAUGACCAGGAACUGGGCCACUUAAACAACCAUCAUAACGGAGGCACUGGGAAUGGGGUCAGGUCCCCAGCCCCUGUCCCAGUCCCUUCUGGCCUUAGUGAGGAGGUGUUGUUGCGGCAGUUGGACCGGCAGCUGCAGGAGUCUUGCUCCGUGUGCCUGGCAGGGCUGGAUGGCUUCCGCCAGCAGCAGCAAGAGGAUAGGGAGCGGCUGCGCACACUGGAGAAGCUACUUGUCCUCCCUGGAAAGCGUCGACAGCAGCACCUGGGACCUGCCAUGGCCAGGAGACCCCCAGAGAUGGGCCAGCGACUGUCAGAGCUGGAGCGGAGGCUGGAUGUGGUGGCUGGCUCAGUGACAGUGCUCAGUGGGCGUCGAGGUUCUGCUGGAGGAGCAGCUGGGCAGGGAGGCUACCCCCCAGGCUACACCAGCUUGGCCCCCUCCCGCCUUUCCCCUGAAGACCGUUCAACUCCUACCCUCGGUCCCUCGGAGGAGCAAGAGAAGGACUGGAUGGGAGGACCAGGGAGGCUGGGCCACUGGUUGCCUGACGCUUUAGGACGGCUAGAAAAGCUCGAGGCGCACAUGGCCAAUGUGAGCAGGGAGCUGGGUGGCCGCCUGGAUCUGCUGGAAGAGCAGGUGCAGAGGGCCGUGCAGGCUUGUGGACAGCUCUGCUCUAGGGGCUCUGGGGAACAGGAUUCUCGGGUCAGUGAGACCCUCAGUGCCUUGGAGCGCAGGGUGCUGGACAGCGAGGGCCAGCUACGACUGGUGGGCUCCGAUUUGCACAAAGUUGGAGCAGCAGGGGAGGCCCAGCAGGCCAUGUUGGAGGGACUGCAAGGGAUCGUGGGCCGCCUGCAGGAGCGCAUGGACGCACAGGAGGAGACCUCAGCAGAGCUCCUGCUGCUCCUCAAUCUCACAGCAGCCCGGCUCAGCCAACUAGAGGGCCUGCUGCAAGCCCGCGGGGACGAGGGCUGUGGGGCCUGUGGCGGUGUCCGGGAGGAGCUGGGCCGCCUUCGGGAUGGCGUGGAACGUUGCUCCUGCCCACUCUUACCUCCUCGGGGCCCUGGAGCUGGCCCAGGUGUUGGAGGACCAAGCCGCGGGCCUCUGGACGGCUUCAGCGUGUUCGGGGGCAGCUCGGGCUCAGCCCUCCAGGCCCUGCAGGGAGAACUCUCGGAGGUCAUCCUCACCUUCAGCUCCCUCAAUGACACACUGCAUGAGCUCCAGACCACUGUGGAGGGCCAGGGUGCCGAUCUGGCCGACCUGGGGGCCACCAAGGACAGCAUCAUCUCUGAGAUCAACAGGCUUCAGCAGGAGGCCACAGAGCACGUUACAGAGAGUGAGGAGCGCUUCCGAAGCCUGGAGGAGGGCCAGGCACAGGCAGGCCAGUGCCCUAACUUAGAAGGGCUAGGCCGUCUUGAGGGAGUCUGUGAACGACUGGAUACCGUGGCAGGGGGACUACAGGGCCUGCGUGAAGGCCUUUCUAGACAUGUGGCUGGGCUUUGGGCUGCGCUACGGGAAAACAACAGCACCAGCGUCACACAGGCAGCCCUGCUGGAGAAGCUGCUGGGGGGCCAGGCAAGCCUGGCAGACGACUUGGUGCCCUCAACAGUUUCCCUGCUACUCCUGGAAGACCGUCUGCAGCAGUUUAGCCUGAAGGACUUCACUGGGCCUUCGGGCAAGGCUGGGCCCCCUGGGCCUCCUGGGCUACAGGGGCCUCCAGGCCCUGCAGGACCCCCAGGACCUCCUGGCAAGGAUGGACAGAAGGGGCCCAUUGGACCACCAGGUCCUCAAGGUGAACAGGGAGUGGAGGGAGCUCCAGCGGCCCCGGUGCCGAGGGUGGCAUUUUCAGCUGCCCUGAGUUUACCUCGGUCCGAACCUGGCACAGUCCCUUUCGACAGAGUCCUGCUCAAUGAUGGGGGCUACUAUGACCCCGAGACAGGUGUUUUCACUGCACCGCUGUCUGGACGCUACUUGCUGAGCGCCGUACUAACUGGACACCGGCACGAGAAAGUGGAGGCAGUACUGUCGCGCUCCAACCUGGGUGUGGCCCGCAUAGACUCGGGAGGCUACGAGCCCGAGGGACUGGAGAAUAAGCCUGUGGCCGAAAGUCAGCCCAGCCCGGGUGCUCUGGGCGUCUUCAGCCUCAUCCUGCCGCUGCAGGUCGGAGACACUGUCUGCAUCGACCUGGUCAUGGGGCAGCUGGCGCACUCGGAGGAGCCGCUCACCAUCUUCAGUGGAGCCCUGCUCUACGAGGACACAGAGCUUGAACAGGUGUAGACAGGGUCGGCCAGACCACCAAAUUUAUCUACAGAGGCUGCCGGGUCACCAGGGUCGCGGCUCCCCACGAAGGCUGGGGCGGGGCAAGUCCCGGGACCACGCCCCGCUGCGGUUCAGGCAUCCAGAGUGGCCGCUCAGCACGCAGCGACUUCGUGGUCUCUGGGACCUAGGUGUCUCCUCUUGACUUUCGGCCUCACUGCCGUCCCCACCAGUGUCCUCUCCAGGACCCAGGCUGCGGAAGAGGAACCGUCCCUCGCACCCUUUGUUUCCGCAAUCCUCGGGUCCAGGGCUUUCCCGAGCCCGCACCGCCGUACUAAUCUAUUCAGGAAUAAAGACACUUAAUUUUUUUCUACAAAA